AUGACAGAUUAUGCACUUGAUAUUGGCAAUCCUCUGAUCAAGUAUGCUAUGAAUCAAUUAGGAAUUAAAGAAGAUGAGCUUUUACAGUUAGAAUUCAGCGAUUUUUAUGAAAAAGGAGUCAAUGAAGAUGUUCAAAAAAUCAGAUAUGAACACCACAUUAAAAAACUCCAAGAGACCGUUAGAUUAAUUAAAACCUUCAUUAGAGAAGAAAGAGGAAGGAAGCCAGAGUCGUAUUUUGAUAGGCAUAACACGUCAAGUAGCCCUCAAAGCUCUAUGGAUACCUCUAAAAGAAUAACUGAUUCUGAAAAAGGCAAAGAAAAAUGCAUUGAAAUAAUAAAUAAUGCAUUAAGCGAAAUCGAAAGGACAGAAAAAUACAAAAGUGCAACUGAAAAAAAACUAAAAAGUGCCCAGCAGGUUAAAAAGAGGCUUAAAGAAGAUUUCUCUAAAAAAAAGAAUAAACAGGAUGAGUUCAAAGUCCUCCAGAAAUUGAAUUUUGAAAAAUUAAAGCUAGAAGAAGCAAAAGCUCAAAAUAAUGUGUUAAAAACAAUUUUAUCCUCAUCACCAAGAUUUUUUAGAACAGAGGAUACCCAAAUAAAUGGAGCUAGAUCUAAAAGCAACUCGGUGCUAUCAAAACGUCUUGAAGCCAAGUCAUUUCUAGAUAAUAACAAUGAUGAAGCAUAUGAUUCUGAUGUCCAAGCAAGACUUAAUUCAUUUUACAUGAAAAUCGAAAAAUCUAAAGCAAAUUAUGAGCAGCAGCUUCAAAUGAAAAGAGAAAUUGCUUCUAGAAAAUGCUCAGAAUUUAGCGCAAAAUCAGAAAAACCGAAUGAUAUGCAAACUGUAGAAAAAGCAUUGAGAAUUAUUAAUAAACAUAAAGAUGCAUCAGAUAGGAGAAGUAAAAGUGUGAUGAAAUUAAGAGAAGAGAGAGAAAAAUUAAAAAAGAAAAAUCAGGAUAGGUAUUCUAGUGUUCAAGAUAGAGCUAAGGAACAAGAAAAAAAUAUACUAUAAUAUGAUAAAUUUAAUAAACAAUAAACAGCUAUGCCAUAUUUACUGAAAUAAUAAAGGCUUUAAUAUAAGAUUUUAUUAGACAGGCCAAACAAAAAUUAAAUAUUUUAAAAAAAGCUGAAUACCUUGAAAAAAAGCUAAAAGCAUCAAAAAAUCUAUUAGAACAGAAGCAGGCAAAUCUCAAUAAAAAUAUUGCAAUCAAAGCAGAAUUGCAUAGACUUCGAGGAAUUGACACAAUACAAAACGUAGAACGGCAAAAGAGAGUAUUGGUAUAGGAUAAUUAGGAACGCACGUAGAGAACAAAUACUAGAAAAACAGUUUAUGGAUAAUCAGCGAGUAGAAGCAAUAAAGAAAGAAAAAGAAAUUACAGUUAAUUAUAAGAGAGAGCAAGCUUUGAAGGCUAUGAUGGACAAAGAAAAAGCUUUAGAAAUUGCAGCUGUUAUAAGGCGAGCACCUGAUCACAAAACAGCUCAUGAACGAUUAAAAGAAAUAGAACUCCGCACCACGUCUAAUUUUAAUUCGCCCAAUAAGAAAGACUAA